AUGAAUUUUAAUAAAACAAAAUUAAAAAAUGAUCAGAAAUCGAUUAGUAAGAAUGAUAUACAAAUGAGUAACGAACAUGCUGCAUUAUGUGUUGUUGAAAAGCUUUGGAAUAUUUUUGAUAUCAAGUCUGAGAAUUUUAUUGAUCUGUUUAAUGAUAGUAUUUAUAAUGGGCUAACAAAAAAAGGAAAAAAUAAAUUUAAAAAAUAUAUUUUACCACAUUUAAAAUUAAAGGCUUAUAAUUUAGAAGCACUUAAACUUUUAGAUGAUGAAAAUAUUGGAAGUAGCAAAGAGGGGAUGAACAAAAAUAAUUUAAAAUAUAAUAUAGAUAAAUUAAAAAGGAUAGCAAAUGAAAAUGAUGUAUCUUUGCUAUUAAAUUUUAAUGAUACACAUUUAUUAAAUACAAAAAAAAAGGAAGGUAGAAUGUUAAUUAUUUCGAAAAAAACAUUUAUAAAUAUAAUAAAAGAAAAAAUUAAAACAGAGAAUAGAUUAUUAAAUCCGGAUAAUUAUAUUUUAGACACACUCUUAGAAAUUUCAAAAAAUAAAAAACAAUUUUUUAUAAAUAAAGAAAAGGGAAAAAUUAUGGACAAAUUUAAGUUAUAUAGAUAUUAUGAUUAUCCAUUCGAACAACGACUAAAUAAUGCACAUAGUAAGGUUGUAAAUUAUAUAAUUAAAAAAAAUUUCAAAAAAAAUGACAACAAUGGUGAUGAAGCAGGAAAUAUUUUAAAAAAAUUAGACUAUGAAGUAAUGGAAAAUGAAAAUAUGUUAAACAAAAUAAUCCAUGAAAGUAUACUACAAGUAUCAAAGAAAAAUAAAUCUAACUCUACUAAAGAUGAGACAAAUCAUAUUAAGAAUAAUUUUGGAAAUUGUAAUUUUUACAACAUUAAUCAUAAAAAAUUUAUGUAUCGAGAAACAUUACUCAAGAGAAAAGAAAAAAAAUGUAAUGAUCCUUUAUAUAUAUUAAAAAAAUUUUUAGAGAAAGACAGAAAUGAUUUAAAUUAUAAGCAAAAUACAAUUAUUCGUGAAUUACAAGAGUGUACUUUUCAGCCUAAUGUUUAUAAAUAUUUAAGUCGUGAAAAAAGUGAUAUGACACAAAAAAAAAGAAAAAAUAUAAUUGAAAAAAUUAAAAAAGAAGACCAAGUUAUAGAAAAUAUAUUUAGUGAUAAUACGGAUAGCAUUAUAGCAAAGGAAGUACAUGAGCAUAUUUUAAAACAAAAUGCAAAGAAAUAUUACAACACAACUAGUGAGGAUAUGAACUAUUUUAACUCCCAUUUUUUGGAAAACAGGAAUAAUUAUGGCAGAAUAGAUCGAAAGCAUGAGGAUCCUACACACCGAGUAUGCAGAAAUGCUAGAAGAACCGGAUUAAUCAAUUAUAAUAAUAAAAUAAAUUCAAGAAUGAUAAAAAUAAAUUAUGAAAAUAAUUGGAAUAAUGAAAUAAGAUUAAAUGGGCGAGGGUUAAACGCAAAAAUUAUACCUAAUUUUAAUCUAUACCAAAAAAUAAACAAUAUGAGCAUGGGUACAAAUAAUGAACAUUUAAGUGGCAAAAUGGUAGAAUAUCAAAAUUUUAAUCGAAAGAAACAAAUGACUAAUUCAACAUCAACUAAGAGUAACAAUAAUAAUGUGAAAAAAAUAAAUCCCAGAAUUAAAAAUGAUAUUUCUUAUAGUGUUGGUAAAAAUGAUUUUAUGAAAUCCGUUAUGUUUAAUAGUAUUAAUAUUAUUGAGCCCAAAACUCCCAAAAUUAUUGGAGUAGAAGAUAAUGAUGCAAAUUUAGAGAAAAUAGAAAAGCUACUUUUAUCUUUACCUAAUAAAUUUUAUUUUGCAAGCAUGUGCUAA